GGCUGGGAGGUUCCCACCAAGACCAAGACCGCAUCCAGGACCAGACGGCAGAGCUAGGGACAGGUGUGGGGCGCACAUUUACCAUGCCACGCUCCUUCCUGGUGAAGAGCAAGAAGGCUCAUACCUACCACCAGCCCCGCAUCCAGGAAGAUGACCCGAUCUGGCCUCCUGCCCUUAGCCCCAGGGCCAGGGACCAGGUCCUGAGCAAUGAUCCUGUCCUCAACACCCUGUUCCCAAACCAGUGCCUGACCUGGACUGACCUCAAACGGGAGCCAGAGCUGGAGCUGGACCAGAGCCUGAGCAGGACGGCCUUGGUGCCAGAGGGCCCUGCUGUAAUGCCCCCCCGAUCCCAGGACAGGGACUCCGACUCACCCCCGUUCUACAAGCCCAGCUUCUCCUGGGAUGCCCUGGCCUCGUCCUAUGGCCACAGCUACCGGCAGGCCCCCUCCACCAUGCAGUCCGCCUUCCUCGAGCGCUCCGUCAGCCUGUACGGCAGCCCUCUUGUGCCCAGCGCUGAGCCGCCCCUGGACUUCAGCCUCCGCUGCUCCCCGGGCAUGGACACGUACCACUGCCUCAAGUGCAACAAGGUGUUCUCCACCCCACACGGGCUCGAAGUGCAUGUCCGCCGCUCCCACAGCGGGACCCGGCCCUUUGCCUGUGACGUCUGUGGCAAAACCUUCGGCCACGCCGUGAGCCUGGAGCAGCACACACACGUCCACUCCCAGGAGCGCAGCUUCGAGUGCCGGAUGUGCGGCAAAGCCUUCAAGCGCUCGUCCACCCUGUCCACGCACCUGCUCAUCCACUCGGACACGAGGCCCUACCCCUGCCAGUUCUGCGGCAAGCGUUUCCACCAGAAGUCGGACAUGAAGAAGCACACAUACAUCCACACAGGUGAGAAACCCCACAAGUGCCAGGUGUGCGGGAAGGCCUUCAGCCAGAGCUCCAACCUCAUCACGCACAGCCGGAAGCACACCGGCUUCAAGCCCUUCAGCUGCGAGCUGUGCACCAAGGGUUUCCAGCGCAAGGUGGACCUACGGCGGCACCGCGAGAGCCAGCACAAUCUCAAGUGAGGCUGGACCUGCCCUGGGCUCCCAGCCAGCCUGCCCUGAGGUCCCGCGACCCAGAGG